AUGUUCCUAGUCGACUCCGGCAGGUACAGCUUGAAGGACUACCUUGCGCUGCGGAGAGACCAGGGCAAAAGCCUCUCGCGAGGAGCGGUGAAGAACAUCAGCAAGGCGAUCAUCCUCGUCGUCGCGGGUCUACAUGCCAAAGGGCUUGUGCACCUGGACCUGAAGCCCGAGAAUUUGAUGAUGUUCAACGGCCGGCUGAAGCUCAUCGACGUGGACGGCUGCGUCCCCUGCGGCAGCGAGGUCUCCAUCCAGGACUCCUCCAUCUCCUUUUCGCCAUGUUACUGUGCGCCCGAGUGGGCCCGGUUCCUCAUCGAGGAGACGGAGUCCAAGAUCACGGUGAGGCCGCACUUGGACGUCUGGAGCGUGGGGAUGACCAUCUGCGAGCUGGCCACCUUGGAUGCCGUGCUGAAGCCCAUGUAUGCCAACUUCUUGCGGAACGGCCACUCCCACCGAGAGGCUGGAUUCUUGUUCAUGGACUGGCUUGGCUCUAUCGCCAAGGCACCCAUUCCCAAGAGCAUUGAGCGGUCGAGUCCUCGGAUCCUUUCAGUUGCCAAGCGUGUUGCCAGGUUCGAUCCAGCCUUCCACCAGAUGUUGAUCGGCUCUCUGCUGGUGUGUGAUCACACAAAGAGGAAGACCUUGGCCCAGUGCCUUUCGGACAGCUACUUGGAGUCCGACAAGGAGAAGGUGGCCAAGGACGCGUCGGCCGUGGAGCACAGCCAUUCGGAGGCGCCGCCCUUGCCGGUGCACGAGAAGGUGGACCGCACCACGCGGAACCGCAUCGAGGACACCUCCAGCAAGGCGCCCCUCUACAAGGGCACCUUGUGGAAGCUGAACACCGACGGCAAUCCGCAGGACCCAACCCAUUGGCUGAAGCGCGACAUGUGGGCCGCGGCCUCGAGCGGGAGAGAAGCGAAACGGAGACAGUGCAUGGAGGGCUUCCGAACUUUAAAGGGGGCUACUGUAACGGCUAACGCGGCUAAAGGCCAUAGAUUUUGGUUUUUCUCAGAUGUAACUUUCCCCUUUUCCUACUGA